AAGCUCUUCUUCUUCUUCUUCUUCUUCUUCUUCUUCUUCUUCUUCUUCUUCUUCUUCUUCUUCUUCUUCUUCUUCUUCUUCUCCUCGUUCGUAAACCUUGUGCAAGAUGGCAUCUUCAAGCGGGGCAGGCACUUCGAGGGGGAAGGAGGUGGCAGGUUCGGAUGAUGAAGCCACGCGCGUGAAGGAACCAUUUCAGCCACAGCCUGAGGCAAGGCAGUUGCAGCUGCAGGCAACGAAGGUGGCAUUCAGGUGGGUGACGCAGGGGCAAAUGAUCCCGUCACUGGCGAAGGGGCAGUACAAAGUGAAGUGCAAUCUGUGCGGCGCAGAUUGGGUCGCGUCGUACAUGCGUGUGUGGCCCCAUUUCACUCAGAAAACUAAUCCACGCCCCUCGCAUUAUCCGGAGUUGCUUCACAUCCUUGCUGCGAAGGGGCAUGCGAUUGAGUGCAAGAAGAAGUUGCGGUUCAUCCAAUUGUAUCGGAUGGAGCAAAACAGCCCCCUGGACGGUUUGGUUCCCGCAAUUCCGGAGGUGGAGGCACAAGGGAACAUAGUGGAUGCGUUCAUAAUGUCACCGACAGCACGGCAUAGCAGAACGGUAUCGACUGUGGAAGUUGAUGAAGAGGCAAGAGAGGGGGUUGUGGAAGAAGGUGGUGGAAUGCUGAGGACGUAUGCGCAAGGAUCCGUUGCGGGCAAGAAAUGCGGGAACUUGACACAAACAUCGAUCAAAAAGUGGGCAACCAACGGUUCACAACAAAGACUGGAUGUGGCAUGGGGGAUGCACCUUCAAGCAGGAGCUGCACGCCUUGUACCUCGAGUUGGGGGAGAAAAGACAGCAGGGAAAGUGGUGGAGGAGAGCUUGUGGACCGACUUCGCGAAGUUCGACAGCACCCUUGCUCAAAUGUCAGCCUCUGAAUUGUGGAACCGCCAUGGGGCCUCUCAUAAGAAGUUGCAAGACAUUGCCAUGAGAGUGACAACGAUGUGGAGCACUGCGACCCCUUGUGAGAGGAACUGGUCCUCUCUCGAUCUUGUCCACGACAAGAGGAGGGGGCCGCUGUCGCCUGACAGCCUCGCCAAGUUAGUGUACAUCCACUUGAAUCUUCAGCUUUUGGACAUCAAGAAGAAGAAAAGUAUAGGAAGCUUGGCAGGGUACUUGGACAUGUGGGCUGCAUUCUUCAACGAUGUGGAGGCACCAACGUCAAAUGAUCCUGCGGUGCAAGACGCAAAUGGAUGUGGAUGCGAGGAAGAGGAUAUUGAGGAGAGUGAGGAAGAUGACGAGAACUUUACGUUGUGGUCGCCAAGGGCAAAUGACAUAUCCAACGACGACAAUGAAUUGGAUGACGACCUCACACGUAACGUGGAGCGGGGUUACCUUGAUAGUGACCUGGAGUUCUUGCGGCCUCGGGGGAUGGACUUCAACGCAUGCGUCGAAGUGGACAAGGACUUCGAUGAUGAUGCUGACAGGGCGAGGGCGCAGUCCCUUGCUCAUCGUGAUCGCGCCCUCGUCGAGGGCGUGCAACACGAUAACUUGGACGUGAGCCUGGCAGGAAGGAAGAACAAGGUGCAGCCUGACACCGGUCCAAAAGUGGCAAGGAAAAGGGGGCGCCCGCGAAAGUACCCACUUCAGCCAGUUGUAUCAGCAUGCGCUCCGGUCGGCGACGAUGGUGGUGACGAGGGUGAGGUGGAAGAGCAUGUGACUCGGGGGAGGAAGGUGCAAGGGGGCCCUGCACUCACAAUGGACGGUGCGGAGACACGCCUGUUGAAGUGGCUGAAGAGGAAGGCGGCAAGGAAGGUGAGAGCCGUGGAAGAUGAUCCGACGGAUACGGAAGAAAGCAACAAUGAGAGUGAUAAAGACGGUCGGGAAAGCGACUGGGAAAAGGGUUCGGCGGGGGAGGAUCGUACACUUGCACUGGUCUAAGGGCUGAUGAUGUUCAAUGGUCAUAGUCGAAGUGGUGUUUUUUUUGCACAGUUAAUCCCUUGGGUUUUCCAAGGCAAUC